AUGAAUAGGUACACGCUCGUCACGACCGACCGAUGUGUGGCACUGCUGAGCUAUGACGAUGCUGGCUACAGUCUGCACAAACUCGAAGUCGACGCUUUGUCGACUGAAGAAGUGAACGUAAUUGCCAGUGCUGUCGUUGAGCGGCCAGCGCCGUGUCCGUCGCAAGUGGCGGUGGCGUACGCGGUCGGGGAAGCGCUCUACGUGCAAAUUUUGACUCCAUAUCACGAUAUCGCAGACCAUGCAGAACCGCUGAAGGGCGGCGAUUUCAAGUUGCAGGCAGCACCAACGUGCAUGUACAGUAUCCAGGCAUCUGGGACAAACGGGGACGUCUUCUACGGUGUUAUCGUGUGCUGUACGGACUCGAUGCUGGCCAUUGGGUACAUCAAGAACAAAGAGAGGAAAAAGAUGUCUAAUACCGAGCUUCGGGCGGACCUGGAUGCUACCUGCACUCUUCUGGACAACGAGCAAUUCGCGGAAUUCUUCCCCGAAUUUGCAACGUUCACACACACAAUCAUAGCAGUCGAUACCUUUUUGUCACCAGAGAGAGACCAAGGCUGGAUUGCUUUUGGCUGCGCUGACGGACUGGUCCGCGUGUAUCAUGGGCAGACGUACGAAGGGCGCCUCGGUGGCCCAUUCACGACCAAAGACGUGCAACUGAGUGGCCCUGUGACUUGUGUCUCCUUUUUCCUGAAGCGGUCGGCUACAGCAGAAACCGCUAGCUCGACUUGGCGCUGCAAUCUACUGGUCACGUGCGCAAUUGGCCAAGCGCUGGUGUAUGAGAACUUGUUUGGUGCAUCGGACCACAUUGAGAAAGGCGAGGUGCUGAUGGACUCGGACGCAUUCGACUCGAUCUUUGCGGGUAUCACCGCUGACAUUGACCUGGACGGAGAAGCUGAAGUCGUGUUGGGAACCGACAGUCAAGUUAUGUUAGCGUACAAGGAACGAAGCGAUGACGAUACCAGCGGUUGCCAAGCCGCGAAAAGUUCAGUUGAGCUCAGUGGCGAUGACUCGUUCCCUGCACACGAAAAGGCGCCGACUCUGUCGACGGAAAGUGUGCAGAAUAUGUGGGACGACCUGGAGAUGGUCCCAGUGACGGAUACGGAUACGUUUGUAGCGCCAGAGCCUGUGGUGGUGCAGCGGAAGUGGCAGCGGUUAUCUCGAAGCCAGUGGGACAUGGAGACGUUUGGCGCGAUCUACAGCUUAUUGUGGCAAGACGUGAACCAUGACGGAGUACCCGAGCUGCUGGUUGCAAGUUCGACGGGCAUCUACGUGUACGAAGCUGAUCCAGAGUUUGUCAUGCAGAAACUCGAGUGUAGGCCACGCCAGGACUCUUCCAAUUGCCAAAUUUGCACAUUCCGUCGGACUUUUUCGAAAAUCACACGAAACGUCAAGUCGCAUUGUCAUCAGCUACGACAGGAGCUGAUAACAUCGUCGCCGGGACUGCAGACGCUGUACACAUUGGACGAUGUCUCGAAUGUCAUAUGCGCAGUCAUUGAUGCGUCCGAGCUUUGUCGCAAUGUACACCCCGAUGAGAACUUUCGGCGAGCAGCUAGUGAGUGUUACACUGAGUUGUCCGACUUUAUCCAGAACUUGAAUACCGACGUGGAGAUAUUUCGGUCGCUGAAGACUGUGAUGGAAGACGAAGUUGCCGUCGAAAGCUUCACACCAGAGCAGAAGAGGAUGGGAACGUUGCUGCGCAACGAAUUUGAGCGUGACGGCAUCCAUUUGCCUCGUGCUGAGCGACAGCGAGUGAUCUCGUUGCAAAGGGAUAUCACCAAACUCAGCAUGCAGUUCCAGUCGACGAUGUAUGAUGCAAGGGACUAUGUGGAAGUGCCAGCUAAAUACAUACGAGGUAUGCCGCAUAGCAUCACGUCCGUGUGUGAGCGCAAGUGGAUGAGCCAUGACACACUGCGGGUCCCCACAGACCUGCACGUCAUGAACACAGUGUUAAAGUGGGUUGGCGACCCAGAAGUCCGGCGAAACAUGUACGUUGCUGCAAAUUCGUGUGCGAAAGAUAAUUUGCCGGUACUGGAUAAGCUGCGAGCGAAGCGGCAUGAACUUGCCCAGUGUUUGGGAUUCCCUACAUACGCUCAUCUAGCGACAAGUCCAAUCAUGUGUGGCAUGUGCGCUAACUGCUUGACAGUGACCGUAUGGAUUGGAUCUCCAGAGGCUGUUGAAGUAUUUACUCGAGACAUUGCUAGACAGCUGAUGGCAAAAGCUAAGAUGGAGCAACAGCUUUUGCUGGACGCCAAGCGGAAACACGAAGGCGGUUCUGUUGACCACGUGUACAUGUGGGACUUGCCAUACUACAUGGGUAUGCUCAAGGCCCAAAAAGUGCCCGUGCUCAAUUCGAGCGAGUGCUGGCACGAAGACGUGGUGAAACUCGCGCUCACGCGAGACGGUGAAACGUUGGGCUACAUGUACUUCGACUUGUACAUCCGGCCAAACAAGUACAACCACGCAGCUCACUUUACUAUACGCUGUGGCAAGCGUCUGAGCGACAGGUCGUACCAGAAACCCAUCGUAGCGCUUGUUUGCAAUUUCAACAAGCCCGCGCCGGACAGCCCAUCGCUGCUGGCGCACGCUGAAGUGGAGACGCUUUUCCACGAAUUUGGUCACGCAAUGCAUUCGUUGCUGUCUCGCACUGAGUUUCAGCAUCUCUCGGGUACCCGCGCGUCUCUGGAUUUCGUGGAGACGCCGUCGCACUUGUUUGAGUAUUUCGCGUGGGACUACCGCGUCGUCCGAGAGUUCGCCCACCAUUAUCGGACAGGUGCCCCGUUGCCUGCUGACAUGAUGCAAGGGUUGCGUGCUUCCAAGACAAUGUUUGCUGCGAUGGACACACAGACUCAGUGCUUGUACUCGAUGCUGGACUUGCGGCUUUUCAAGGAGCAGCCUUUGCCUUGCAGCCCUCCAACGACUACACAAAUGCUGCAGGAGCUGCAGAACGCUAGUACGUUGGUGCCUCACGUGGAUGGAACGUGCUGGCACACACGUUUCGGACACUUGAUCGGCUACGGUGCUGGCUACUACAGUUACCUGUACGCCCGCGUGUUUGCCGCCGAUAUUUGGCAUACACACUUUAGUGGCCUCCAGAGCCCAUUGAACCGUGAAGCAGGCGAAGAAUUGUACCAAAAUCUGAUGAUGCAUGGUGGAGCCAAGGAUCCAAACGAUCUGCUUGUCGACGUGCUUGGCCGUGAGCCUUCUCCAGCAAGUUACCUCCACGAAUUGGGCGUCUAG